GCUGCCUUCCAUGGUUCACGCAUCAUUCUUCGUCAAGUGUCACCAGAGUCCGAAACCAUAUUUGACCUCAUUCUCGCCCUCUACCAGGCUUGUGAUGGUAAUUGGACUGCCUUAGCAAAUCGCAGCGGGGUUGAAGAGCAAUCCAUUGCAUUGUUUCUAGAAUACGCAGCUACCUUUCUGGACAGUCUGGGCAACUACAAGGGGUAUGGAGAUUGCAAAUUUAUUCCUCGAAUCAACUUGACAAUGCUCGAGCAGCUUUGCGCCAUCGCAGAUCGACCCCGCAACUUGUUUAACGCAGCCAAAAAAGCAAUCUACUCGGCAGCUCCCCGGCUUUUGGGGUAUCCUGACGCAGGAAACAUGAGCAAUUAUUAUCCCGAGGCUGUGGAUCUGACAAAAGACCAAAUUCGCGCUGUUCAAGAUGCAGUGGGACUCAAGAUUUCUCUUCGAAACACCCGCCUGAGGAAAUCGAGUCACCCAGACACUGGGGAGCCGGUAUAUGAGCUGCUUGUGGCCUCCAUCGAGGAACACCCGAGCAAUGCGGUGACAGACGAGUGGACCCUCGAAUCCGGGGGAACCGUGCGAGUUGUGUAUGGCGACCAUGCGGACUGCCUGCGACGCAUGUGCGCCAGCUUGGGCAAGGCCCGUGAAUAUGCCACCUCUGACGAGCAGCGCAAUUAUCUGAGUGAAUUAAUUGCCUUCUAUCAGACCGGCGAUAUUGAGCUACAUCGCCAGGCUUCUAUCAGCUGGCUCGCCGACGGAAACCCGCUCGUAGAGACAUGGUCCGGCUUUCUCGAGCCCGGGAGGGAUCCAAGCGGCAUCCGCUGCGAGUUUGAGGCGCUUGUUGCUAUGAAGGACAAAGAGAUGACUGCAGUUUGCUCGAAUCUGGUUAAGCAGGCUAGUCGGUUUAUUCUUCAGCUCCCCUGGAGCGGACUUGGGGAAACAGGAAAUGAGAUGGGCCCUUUCGAAAACGAGAUUUUUAUGUCUCCAAAUUUCAUCGCUCUCAACUUACUCUGCUAUUGUGCCAGCAAUGUGUGGAUAGGCCUGACAGCACCAGGUUACCCCGACAUCAAGACCACUCACGGGCGGAAGAAUCUCACUUUCAGCAACCGUGUUGAGGCAACCACAGCAGCGACCGCACCCGAUGAGAAGAUCGAAUGGAUUCCCGAAUCCCAAGCGUAUUCUUACCGAGCUCACGCAUCCACCUGCUUUUUCCUUCAACUGGUUCUUCACGAGCUAAUUGGUCAUGGAUGUGGCAAGCUUUUGCAGGAGACCUCUCCAGGUAUUUUCAACUUUGACCGUGAUAGCAUGCCCAUUGAUCCUUUCGGCGAUGGGAAGCCAAUACAGACUUGGUAUGGAGAGAACGAGUCUCCUGAGUCGGCCUUUGGUGGUGUAGCAACUGCUUACACCGAGUGUUUGGCCGAAGGAAUUGGCCUAUAUCUCAUGUCUGUUCCCAGUGUGUUGGAAAUUUUGGUCCCUGGUCAAACCCUGGACCCCGAGGAAGGUAAAUCUAGAGAUUCAUUCUGUUCGGAAUACACUUCACUAACAGCUGCUACUCCAGUGAUUUUCAACGCCUAUCUCUCCAUUGCCCGCAUGGGUCUGCGAAGUCUUCUGUCGUAUGACCCCGAAAAUAAGAAAUGGGGACAGGUCCACGACCAGGCUCGCUUCGGGCUACUCCGCUGCUUUAUCGAGGCAGGGGACGGCUUCCUUACUAUCUCCAACUCACAAUCAGAUUCAAAGCGGUCCCUCACAAUCCAACUGGACAGGGCAAAGAUUGCGACUGUUGGCCGCCCAGCGCUUGGAAGCCUCAUUCACCAAUUGCAUGUAUUCAGGUGCAUCAAAGCGGUGGAUCGUGGGACAACACUUCUGACCAAUUUGACAAGGGUGGAAGACAGGGCUCUUGAAUGGCGGGACAUAAUCUUGGCUAAUGAAAAGCCGAGAGCGCGAUUCAUUCAUGCGAAUACAACCUUCGAUGAAACUGGAGAGGUUGUUUUGGUAGAGUAUCCACUGACCAAGGAAGGGUUGAUCAAAAGCUGGGCGGAUAGGCAGGGUGAGAUGACUUCUCUGUAA